UUUCCAUCUGAUUCUGACUCCAAUAAGUGUGAUGAUUUUUCUGUCCAUGCAGCCUGUGUGAACUUCACAUUUAUGGCAAGCGCAACGUUUCCGCUCCAAAAUGUUACCGUUUGACCGCAACACACCACGUUUGUCAUGAAAUUCACACUUCAGGCGCACACAUUCGCGGAUGACGAAGACCCAGAAGACCUGCACGACCCCAUUCGUUUUGUGGGGCUCAUUGGCGCUGGAAAUUGAUCAUAGUGGAGGUGCAGUAUCUUCAUUCAGCCAACGGUGACAUUCACGACGCGGUGCGCGCAGACUGGCAGGCUGCUGUACCGGCACUAUGGAGGAGAAAAACAAGGACGAUAACGCCACGAAGGGACAGGAAUCGAUGUCCUAUCAACGGAGGAUAUGGAAGAAUUUUCAAGAAAAAACCAAACCGUUUUUGAGUCCCAAAUUGGUCUCUGAACGUCGCAAUCCCGACGGUAAAAAGGAGACGGGGUUAUGGAUGUUUAAAAGGAAAAAGAAACAGUUGGACCGUGUCUUUUCGUCCUCACAGCCCAAUCUCUGCUCCUCUACCCCGUCGAUUUUCCCGGGCGACCUGUCACUCGGCGGUACAGCGGACCCUGGGAACAGCAGCACGGGGCAACCUAUGCAACAGCUGCUGGGGGCGGAUGGAGUGUCGGCAAGCAAGCCAGAGCUAACGGGACACGAGUGCCCAAAGCUCAUCGUCUCCCAUUUAAUCAUGUCCCACCAGAAGAGCUCCUCUCUCGGCUCUGCAUGCUUCGAGAAGCUGGUAGUAAAAUCUGCGGACGUUGGAGAGGAGGAACAGCUCCGCAAAAACGCCAGUGAUUCUGGCAUCAACAUUGUGGAGCCAAGUAAUGCUGAGACCGCCCUUGUUACCAACCCAGGGAUGUACCAGCUGGACAUCAUACUGAAGAAAGGACACAACCUCGCCAUCAGGGACAGAGGAGGGACAAGUGAUCCGUAUGUGAAGUUUAAGAUCGGUGGGAAGGAGGUGUUCAGGAGCAAGACUAUCAAUAAGAACCUGAACCCAGUGUGGGACGAGAAAGUCAGCCUACUGGUGGACAGCCUCCGAGAACCCCUCUAUGUCAAGGUGUUUGACUAUGACUUUGGCCUUCAGGAUGACUUCAUGGGUUCUGCCUACCUCUACCUGGAGUCUCUGGAACACCAGAGUUCCCCGACCAUGACCUGGAACUCUAGACCUGGCAGUCACACUGUCGCCCAAGAGGGAGACUUCAGGGAAGCUGUAACUGCAUUCAAGUAUGCGUUGUCAGAUGUCCACAGGAAAGCUCAGCUGUGGAGUAUAGUGAGCAUCAGUCUGAUUGAGGCUCGCGACCUCCAGCCUAUGGACGCCAACGGCUUCAGUGACCCCUACGUCAAAUUCAGACUGGGCCAUCAGAAAUACAAGAGCAAGACGAUACCCAAGACUUUGAACCCCCAGUGGAGAGAGCAGUUUGACUUCCAUCUGUAUGAGGAGCAGGGAGGCUUCAUCGACAUCACCGUCUGGGACAAAGACGCAGGCAAGAAGGACGACUUCAUGGGCAGGUGUUUGAUUGACCUGUCGCCGCUGAGUAAAGAGCACACUCAUAAGUUGGACGUACCGCUGGAGGAGGGCGAGGGCAUGCUGGUGCUGCUGGUCACACUCACGGGGGCUACAGCAGUGUCCAUCUCGGACCUGUCGGUCAAUAUUCUGGAUGACCCACACGAGAGACACCAGAUACUACAGAGAUAUAGUGUGCUGAGGUCGUUCCACAACCUGAAGGACGUGGGUAUGGUCCAGGUGAAGGUCAUCAGAGCAGAGAGGCUGAUGGCGGCAGACGUCACAGGCAAGAGUGACCCCUUCUGUGUGGUGGAGUUGAGUAAUGAUCGGCUACAGACACACACCGUCUACAAGAACCUCAACCCUGAGUGGAACAAGGUCUUCACCUUGUGAAGGCCGGUCUCAGGACGUUAAUACCCAUCGAGCAGAAAUACAUUGAGGAUGAACCCAGAGUGUCCAAACAGUUGCUUCUGCAGAACUUCAACCGAGUGAGGCACUGCGUCCUGUUCCUCAUCAACGCCGGCUGCUACAUCAACAGCUGCUUCGAAUGGCACUCGCCUCAGAGGAGCAUCUGCGCCUUCCUGCUCUUUGUUCUCGUGGUGUGGAACUUUGAACUCUACAUGAUUCCUCUGGUUCUGUUGCUGCCGCUGGUCUGGAACUAUAUCCUCAUCUCUUCGGGGAAGGACACCAGGCAAGACGUGCAAGCGAUGGAGGACUUGCUGGAGGAUGAGGAUGAGGGUAUUGAAAUGACCUGA